AUGGCGAACCUUUCCUCCCUGCUCGAAGCUCGGUACGGCACCACCAGUAACGGUAGCGCUGCUCCUCCCGCGGCCCCCACCGCCGCGAACUCAACCAUCGAAACUCUCCUGCAGCACAAAUCUGUCCGCAAUUUCCUCCCGGAACCCCUAGCCCCGGGCACCCUCGAGCUUCUUACGGCCGCGGCCCAAAGCGCCGCCACAUCGUCCAAUCUUCAACCCUGGAGCGCCGUCGCCAUCACCACUCCCUCCCUCAAAUCUCAAGCCGCCACACUAUGCGGCGACCAAGCGUUUAUCCGCGCCGCGCCGCUGUUUAUCGUCUUCUGCGCAGACCUCGCGCGCCUAACCACCACGUGCGCACAGCACGGCACUCCCGGGACCGGCCUCGAGUUCCUCGAGAUGUACACCAUGGCCACGAUCGACGCAUCCCUUGCCGCGCAGAACGCGUGCGUAGCCGCUGAGUCACUUGGCCUGGGUGCGUGCUACGUAGGCGCGGCGCGCAACCGGCCGAGGGAGCUGGCUUCCCUGCUUUCCUUGCCGCCGCGCGUAGUCGCGCUAUUCGGGUUGGCGGUCGGGCGGCCGGACCCGGGAGCGCCGCCGGCGACGGUCAAGCCGCGGCUGGCGCAGGAUGAGGUGGUGCAUCGGGAGACGUGGGGACAGCCCGGCGGUGAUGGGCCGCGGCAGCAAGAGGGAAAGGCAGCGAACCUGGCGGCGUACGACGAGGCGCUGGCUGACUUUAAUGCGAAACAGGGGCGCGGCGAUGCGCCGGCGUGGACUUAUCGGUCGGCGCAUCGCAUAGCGACGGUAGAGUCGCUGCACGGAAGGGAUAUCUUCCGUGAGGUGCUAGAGGAGCGAGGGUUUGAGCUGAGGUAG